AUGUAGACAGACUGGGAGUUCAUGUGCCGAGAUCAACAGGACGAGAUCACAAAGCUAAAGCUCCAUAUCUCGCAGUUGGAGAAUCUGUUGCAUACCAACGACGACGGCGACUCGAGCACCUCCAACGACGAAAAUGUCAGCUCGUCCAAUGUGCUGCCAACUCCAACUUACUCCGAACGUCGACGAGCAGGUUCCAUCACCAAACAGCAACACGAUCACAUUCCGGGAGACACCAACAAGUGGAGAGAACGUGCGACGGCGGAGCGGCAAUCCAUUGAAAUGGCCAUGGACUUGGUGGUACAGCAAAAGCGGGAGCUUCGCGCCCAGACCCACACACUCAAGGCAGAGAAGGAACGCUGGAGGCACGAGCACAUGACAGGUCAAAGCUCUGUGAUUCUCAAGGAAAUGAAACGCAUCUUGGACAGAAACACAGCGACAUUGAGCCAAAACACCCGCCAAGUGCGCAGUGUGGAAGAGCGACUUCAUGCUCGCCUGGAAAAACUCAACCAAAUCGAACACAUGCGUACGUCCUGUGCAUGUGCCACGAGUGUGAGUUGGACACGCCCUCACAUGGCGCGUCGUCUAGUGUGCAGCGGUAGGUCACCGCUGGAUCCGCAUCCAUUUUCUGAAGCGGACUCGUCCAUCGAGUCGGAUUACAGCCUCGCCUCCCUCGACGACUCGUCCAUUGGCGAAGCUCUCCAUCGAUUUCACAACGACUUGCAUUACGACGACGGAUGCAGGCUGCGUCCUUGUGUGGAAACGUUCCCAUGUCGAGACGACGAUGACACCAUGGAGUUUGCAUUCCCAGCAUUCGCUCGAGAUGUCCGACAUGUUAACUCACGGCACGGCGAGCAGCGUUUCUGGUCGCAUGGGGCGACACCGCUUACAGCAUCGUCCGCGCUGCCACGGGGCGGGCUGAGGGAACAACUCCAGUGCGCGUCGAUUUAUGACAAGCAGAUCGCCAAGUGGGUGCAUGAUCGACGACGCGUCCAGCAAGCAGCGAUGCAGCACGCCAAGUACAAGCACGCCACCCUCCCUGUGCAUCCUUACAUCCUCAACUUCUAGAUACCUCACGUCACUGUGCCACGAAAUGCACGAGUACUCGAAAAUGUACGACCACCCAAGUAGAACCCGACACGUACCAAGCGACGACGACAAUACCAUCAUGGACGGCUUCCCUUAGCAAGGCACGUUGACACACCUUGUAGUCUGUAGUACUGUGUUCGCGUACAUUACAUCUUCGAACUUGUUGCCAUCGCCGCUGUUGCGGAUGAAAUGGAGGAACUAAUACUCACUGAAGUAUCUCACCAAAGUGUAAUGUGAAACAGC